CUCGUCCGAGGUCCGUCGGCUGCGCCCGGCCGCCCCGGAGCCCCGCAGCGGCUGAGCGGGGCCGUGCCCGCGCCCGGGCGCCGGGAUGCGCGUCCUCCUCGUCGUCCUGCUCUGGCGAGUUUCCUACUAUGUUGGAACCCUGGGGACUCACACCGAGAUCAAGAGAGUGGCUGAAGAAAAGGUCACUUUGCCCUGUCACCAUCAACUGGGGCUUCCAGAAAAAGAUACCCUGGAUAUUGAAUGGCUGCUGACUGAUAAUGAAGGGAACCAGAAAGUGGUGAUCACUUACUCCAGCCGUCAUGUCUACAGUAACUUGACUGAGGAACAGAAGGGCCGAGUGGCCUUUGCUUCCAAUUUCCUGGCAGGAGAUGCUUCCCUGCAGAUUGAGCCUCUGAAGCCCAGUGAUGAGGGGCGGUACAGCUGCAAGGUGAAGAAUUCAGGGCGCUAUGUGUGGAGCCAUGUCAUCUUAAAAGUCUUAGUGAGACCAUCAAAGCCCAAAUGUGAGUUGGAAGGAGAGCUGACAGAAGGAAGUGACGUGACUCUGCAGUGUGAGUCAGCCUCUGGCACAAAGCCCAUCGUGUAUUACUGGCAGCGGAUCCGGGAGAAGGAGGGAGAGGAUGAGCAUCUCCCUCCCAAGUCUAGGAUUGACUACAAUAACCCUGGACGCGUUCUGCUGCACAAUCUCACCAUGUCCUCCUCUGGGCUCUACCAGUGUACAGCAGGCAAUGAGGCUGGGAAGGAAAGCUGUGUGGUGCGAGUGACUGUACGGUAUGUACAAAGCAUCGGCAUGGUUGCAGGAGCAGUGACAGGCAUGGUGGCUGGAGCACUGCUGAUUUUCCUCUUGGUAUGGCUGCUAAUCCGAAGGAAAGACAAAGAGAGAUAUGAGGAAGAAGAGAGACCUAAUGAAAUUCGGGAAGAUGCGGAAGCCCCAAAAGCCCGUCUCGUGAAACCUAGUUCCUCUUCCUCAGGAUCUCGGAGCUCACGCUCUGGUUCUUCCUCCACUCGCUCCACAGCUAAUAGUGCCUCACGCAGCCAGCGGACACUGUCAACUGAAGCAGCGCCCCAGCCAGGGCUGGCCACCCAUGCAUACAGCCUAGUGGGGCCAGAGGGCAGAGGUUCUGAACCAAAGAAAGUCCACCAUGCUACCCUGACCAAAGCAGCCACACCCAGCAUGAUCCCCAGCCAGACCAGAGCCUUCCAAACCAUCCGAAUUAGAGUGGACUUGACUCCCAUGCUUUCCUAGGAGUCAGGAUCUUAGGACUCUUCUAGUCAUUGAAGCUCAGUCACCAGCCACACAAACCCCCUCGAACCAGAUGACAGGCCAUUUAAGUAGCAGUGAGCAUUGCAUGGACCCGAUUCAAAUGAACACUUUCUUUAUAUGGCACCAAACAAGAAAAAGGAUGUAAGCUGAUCAUCUCCAGAAAGGCAUGGUGCCUUGAGACCAGAGUGGGGAAAGCAGGGGUCCUAAUCUGUGUAUUUGUUGACCAGGACCUGUGGUGGAAAAGGUUGGGGAAAGGGGAACUGCACACACUUAAAACUUCUCACCUGAGAUGUUUUGUUUGUAUCAAUACUUCGACUCACCAUUGUCAAGAAGAAAUGAAAUGUUGUUCAUAAAUUUUCUAUGCAUUUCUGCAAACCUA